AUGCAAAUCUUGUACGUUGUUCUUCUCGCUGCCGCUAGUGUCAUGGCCCAAAACGAUGCUACUACUACUACCACUACUACGGCUUCGGCUGCCCCUACUUCUACUCCUGGAACCGUUAAACGAGGCCAACUGUGCCGAGUUCUCCGAGACAACAAUGCCCAGAUUACCCACGUCGAUAAAUGUGCCAGUGGCUUGGUCUGUCAAGGUUUGAGUCACGCCGUCGCGUUGGCUUUGAACAACCCCGGCGGUAUUCCCGAUACCUUUGCUGGCAUCUGCCUCCAAAGCGAUGACCUCCAGAGUACCACUUCUUGA